AUGCCCCGAAUUACCACAAGUGACAAAAAGCGACGAUUGAACAACAAGCGAUAUGAUGAGUUUAGUAAGAAUUUAGCAUUCGAACUGGCCGAUAAUUCCGAAGAUGAAAAGGAAAUUGCACAACAAGAAGCAAGUGUUGACCAUGAAACUUUUAAACAACUUCAUCCUGUACAGAUUAGCCCAAAGGAUGUUGAUAUGAUCGUGAGUGCUGUGGUUAAAAAGGCUGAUUGGAGAGUUAAAUUGGGAGAAUUAGAGCUCAAGUGGAGGCAGGAAUGCUCAAGGCAGAAUAUUUCAGUAGCUAGUGCGAAUGUUGCUUUUGAAAUUCUACGUGACAUUAAUUUUCAAGGAUGUUGUGGAGCUAAUCCUCAAUCAGAAAGAGAGGAAAGAGCAUCAAUCAGGAAGAAUGACAAACCAUACGUCCCAAGAGGUGUAGAAGAUCACAUCUCAGACGAAGAAGAAGAAGAAGAUGAAUACUUUGAUUUCGAAAGGUACUCUAGAAGUACAAGAUUUUGUGAGUGUCCUUGUGUACAUUGCUCAACUAAACUUCCAAAAUAUAAUGGGGCUAUUGUUGCUGAUAAUUUAAUUCCCAGCGAUUUGAAACAGAGAUUGAAAGAUGAAAUUGCAAAAUUGGAGAAUGUUCCAGAAGAUAAGAAAGAUUGGCAUCCAGGAGCAAAUAAGCAAGUAUUGGACUUGAUUCAUCCUUCAUUGUAUUGUUAUGUUGAUAAGGUUAGUGUUUCUGAAAAGGAAAUGGAACCUGAAGUUGAAAAAGAAAGACAUUGGUAUCAACCAAAACCAAGUUAUGAAAAACCAAAAUCCAAUAGAUGUCAAUGGUUACCUGCUGAAUUUGAAGUAACAUAUGAUAGCAAUGUUGGAUUAGAUGCUAAAGAUGCUGAACCUACUGUGAAAAUCAAUAGCUAUAUCAAUAAUAUCGAUCAAAUCAAACAACCAGAACUUUAUGAUGUUAUUGGUAAAAUAUUUGGUAAAUUCCACAAACAAAUGAAACAGAGUCAUCAUUCUAUUGGAAGGGCAGACACAUUACAAGUCAUUGUAAAAGCUGCCAAUAUUAUUGUAACCCCAGAUAAGCCAUUUUACUCUGGAGGAACUUUCCAUAUGGAAGGAAUGCCCUAUGAACACAUUGCUACAACUGGUAUUUAUUAUUAUCAUUCAGAAAAUGUAAAGAAUAGUUAUUUGGAGUUUAGAUCUGGUAUUUCAGAGCCAUACGGAUACCAACAAGACGAUGUUAAAGGAUGUUUCGAGCAAUAUGGACUUCAUGAUGGUGAUUUACAAUUCAGAAGUGAAGGAGCAAUUCACACCAAGGAAGAUAGAUGUAUCAUUUUCAAUAAUACCGACCAACAUAGAGUAAGACACUUUUUCCCUAUUGAUCCUUCGAAACCAGCCAUUAGAAAGAUACUCGUCUUUUUUAUUGUGAAUCCAAGGAAUAGAAUCAUCUCUACACAAGAUGUUGACGUGCAAAGAUUUGAUUUCCUUAUUAAUAGAUGCUUUAUUUUGAACAAAUUACUCCCAUUCCCAAUCGUUCACACAAUUGUACAAUUUAUGCCACACUUUACUCAUGAGGAAGCUUUGAAAAAUAGAGAAGAACUUAUGAACCAGAGAAAGUACUAUGUCGAUGAGCAAAACUUGGAAAUAGAAAGAGAAUUUUCACUUUGUGAACAUUAG